CAUUUUAUAUAGAGAAGAAGAACCGCUGACGCUUCAUUUCCUGGUUGCAUAAAAAUCAAUAACAGUUGAAUUCGUAGUUUUUCCUAUGCUUCCACUUUAAACUGUUGAUUUUUCUUUGAGCCCAGAAUGUUUAAAGGGUUAGGAACGUGGUUGGGUCUAGAGAACCCGGCACAAACGAAGACGCAGGAGGACGCAGAAGAGCAGAAUGUGGUCCAGGAAGUGAAGGAAGAGGCUGAAAAAACGGAGGAAAAUAACAAACACCCAGCUGAGGUGCAGCGGCGGACCGAGGCCGAGCAGGACAACCAUGAUCCCGGGAAAGGACUCAGCGAUUUCAUCUUCAGUUUUGCCUCCAACGCCACAAAGAAGAUCUCGGAGUCGGUGGCGGAGACGGCGCACAACAUCAAAAAGACGGUGGAAGAAGGCAAAAUCGACGGCAUUAUAGACAAGACUUUCCUCGGAGACUUCCAGAAGGAACAAGAGAAGUUUGUUCAGGAGAAGAAGGCCAGAAAGUCCGAAGCAGCCGUUCCUCCUUGGGUGGGCUACAAUGAGGAGGAGACCAUCCAGCAGCAGAUCCUGGCUUUGUCCGCUGACAAGAGGAACUUCCUGCGGGACCCUCCGGCCGGAGUUCAGUUCCACUUCGACAUGGAGCAGAUGUACCCUCUGGCGGCCGUCAUGCUGGAGGAGGACGAGCUCCUCAACCGCAUGCGUUUUGACCUCGUUCCCAAACACGUGAAGGAGGAGAUGUUCUGGAGGAACUAUUUCUACAGAGUGUCUCUGAUCAAGCAGUCUGCUCAGCUCACGGCGCUGGCGGCGCAGCAGCAGCAGCAGGAUAGUGGCGACGGCGGCGGCUCUGCGGCUUCACCUGAGGACGUCGUCUUAACAGACAGCGUGAGAGCCAGAACUCCUCCGGUCUCCAUCAGCGACUUAAAGAAGGAGGACGAGGGGGAGAUUUCCACGAGUCCCGGAGUGUCGGAGUUUGUGAGCGACGCUUUUGACUCCGCGGCCUUCAGCCAUGAAGAUCUGAGGAAAGGCAUGGAGCAGCUGGUGCUGGACAAGAAGGACAGCGUCCCGACCCCCGACGAUUUUGCCGCAGACUGGGAGAAGGAGCUUCAGCAGGAGCUGCAGGAGUACGAGGUCGUGACGGAGUCGGACAACAAAGACGACCAGUGGGACCAAGAGAUCGAGAAGAUGCUCCAGGCCGACGACAGCUAGAAGCUCAGGAGGGGUUUGUUGAUCCAGAGCGGAUCCGUAGUGACCAACUCUAGAGGGGGGGCGGUACCCUCACCGCCCUGAUGAACUGAUGUAGAGCAGGUCGUAGCUGCGCCCACAGUACUAGUGAAGUCCUGCUUUCUAAACAAGUUUGACCCACUUCUUUCUCUCCACCCUCCUGCUCUUGAUGGAGUAAGCCUCCAGGGGGCGCUCUAGUACAAAGGGGUCAGUCUGGUGUCAGGUGUGCUCUUCGUUUCUGCUGCUGGUUCCUUGUACAGAAGAUGUGUGUAAAUAGAAGACAUUGCAACAGAACUGACUUCCCUGCACCAGAUUGUUGAAUGAAUUUGGCCCAGUUUCAGUGAAAACGUCACUUUUAUGUUCUUUCUAUGCUGUAAGAACUCGGUUCUUCUUCUGUUCUACCUUCUUUAAUAAAUGUUAUUAAUAUUAUGA